GAAUAGUGAACACAAUUGUAUAUUUAUACGUACUGAAUACAUAUAUGUUAUCAUCGUUGAUCAAAUCAACUUUUCUACUUGGAUAUUUGAAAAGUGAAUUCAGACCAUACCCAGGGAAAGACUCGUUAUAAUGGCGACGGGGAGUAGAAGCCAGCGCGAAUCGGUGUUGGGAGCAUCUCUUAUACUCAAAAACCUUGAAUGUUCUAUUUGUAUGGAAACAUUCACCAAUCCUAAAGACCUCGAGUGUGGGCAUACCUUUUGCGAAGAAUGCAUUCAGGAAAUCAUCACUCGGGCGCACAACGAAAACAGACUCAAACACAUACAGUGCCCAGUUUGUCGCAACAGAGUACGACCGUCCGAUAACAGAAUACCCCCAACAGAGUGGGCGCGAGACAUGAAAACAAACUAUGCACUGUUGCAGUUGCUAGAUAUAAUACGUGUCAAAGAUGACGAUGUUCCAUUGUCUGUUACGUUGCCUGAAAGGACUGUUGCUUCUGUCGAAAACAAUGAUGAAACUUUAGAGGAUGACGUUCGAAAGAAUUUAAGAGACCUUGUUCGAUGUCGCGCUCACGGAAAUGCGGAGCUUCAAUUUUAUUGCAAAACCCAUUCGGCGCUUAUGUGUUUUACUUGUCGAAGCAGACAUUCAAAAGUUUGCCCGGUCAUUCCGAUUGCGAAACUCGUGCAAAAGGAAAAUAUCGACGCGAUGAGAUUGUCACACGUAAAUAAGAUGGCGGAGAUAGCGACAAUGUUGGAAAGCGCGACAUAUGAAAUGGAAAAAAAUCUAGACGAAACACGAGCGGAAUUCAGUGAGUUCAAACCGAAACUUGACGAUCUUAAGAAGAGGUUCCACAAGCUCAUUUCCGAUUUAGCGAUAAAAAUAAAUCCGCAAGAGUUUAUGGCGAUUACACAGCGGCAACAACAUAAAGUGGAUGAACUAAAAAGUUUGCAGCAGAUUCUUAAAAUUAAAAUUACCGAACUGAUGACCAUUGAAGAUAUGAGGAAUUCUGCUCACCAAUUCAUCUCCCUGACAAUCUUCAUUCAGGAGAUAGUGUAUCUUGAACGGGCCGUUUCUUCGGCAAUAGAAGGCGUACGGGUCCUCGAGAUGCGGCAUGUUGGCAUCGACGCAAUGACGACAUUGGCCAAACUAGGCACUGAUAUACUUGGAGAAAUUCAUUUGAAGACUGAACAUCUACGACGCAGAAAUAGUGUUUGAACCAUCAUCAUUAUGGUUCGGACUGUAAGUGAGGUUUCAACAAAGUUCAGAUAGAGACAUUGACGCAGAAAUCGAUCAAGAAUCAUUGUUUGCGGUGUUGAUACCAUUUAUUUAAAUGUUCAGGACAUAUAAAGAUCAAAAUUGAUAAAGACGUAUUACAAAAAUUACUUAACUUCUGCUUACAUGUUCAUUAAGUUUUCAUUACUUGUAACUGUGAUAUUCAAACGCAUCCUUUUGUUGUGUAUUCAUUAAGAUUAAACGUAAGAGAAGUAUAAUCUGUUUGACAUUAUUCCAUUAAAUAGGCUUUUCAAUUAGCAUACAGUACGUUUUAUGAUGUUUUGUGUUGUUAAUUUAAUCAAAGAAUUAUGUCUGUGAAAGGGAUUUAUAUCCAAACGGAUUAUGUAAAUAGUUUUAAUAAGAGUUACUCGUUAGCCAAGAUAAGCUAAAUAAUAGUGUCCAUUCGCCCGACCCUUAAUGUAUAUCCUCCAGCACUCAUAAUGAUACAAUGAUCACAACAAUAAUAAUAUGUAUAAUGCUAUUAAAAUUAUAAAAAUAAUUUCCUCUUUAUGUUCUUGAUGUUUUUUGAUUAUCAGUUUAUCAUGUGUACUUUAUUAAUACUAUUGUUCUUUCCAAAAAAUAAAUAAAAAUGAAAUGUUA